AUUCGUAAAUAAGAUUAAGGUUUACAAUUGACACCGAGAAGGGGAAAAGUUUGGAAGGCUGCUUCACCACAUGAAAUGACGCAUUGUAUAACAUGUUCUGCUCCAGUAAAUAUUGCUGUCAUCAAAUAUUGGGGAAAGAGUGAUGAGGCAUUGCUACUCCCAGCCAACUCCUCUGUCAGUGUAACUCUCCAUCAGGACCAGCUUCAAGCUCAGACCACUGUUGCUGCCAGUCAUCAUUUUGAGAAGGACAGGAUAUGGCUCAAUGGACAAGAGCAGUGUAUCAACAAUCCUAGGAUCCAGAAUGUCAUCAGAGAGAUCAAGAGAAGAGCACGAAAACAGAAGACUGAUAGCCGUGACAUUGCUGCUGAGAGAUUAAACUGGAAAAUCCAUAUUUGCUCCAAGAAUAACUUUCCCACAGCCGCAGGGCUAGCCUCCUCAGCAGCCGGAUAUGCCUGUCUAGUAUAUGCUCUCAAGUGUCUGUACAAGUUGGAAGGAGAUGUGUCUGCGAUUGCAAGAUGUGGAUCAGGAAGUGCUUGUCGGAGUGUGCAUGGUGGAUUUGUUGUGUGGGACAAGGGUCAAAGAUUAGACGGUUCAGAUUCUAUGGCUAGACAAAUACAGCCACACACACACUGGCCAGAUCUACGUGUACUUAUACUGGUGGUAAAUGAACAGAAGAAGCACACUGGGAGCACAGAAGGGAUGCAAGUAACAAUGGCGACUAGCCAGUUAUUAAAGGAGAGAAUCCGGAGUGUUCCGGACAAGAUAGAACAGAUAACUCAGGCCAUCCAUGACAGAGAUUUCAAAACAUUUGCAGAAAUAACAAUGAAGGACAGUAACCAAAUGCAUGCCUGCUGUCUAGAUACUUACCCACCCAUCUCCUACCUAACAGAUGUGUCGCGGAGGAUAAUUCACCUUGUCCACUGUUUUAACAAGCACCGUCAGGAAACCACGGUUGCCUACACCUUUGAUGCUGGUCCAAAUGCUUGUCUAUUCCUUCUAAAGAAAGAUGUCAAAAAGUUUCUUCACCUUGUGAAACGAUUCUUCCCUCCAAAGACAGAAGAGCAAGAUUUCAUCCGAGGAAACACAAAGCAGUUAAUGGAAAACUUGUCAAAUGACUGUGAAGAAGACCUGAGUUACUUUCCCUUUGAUCCGAUGGAAGACAGCUUGAGGUAUAUAAUAUACACAACGCCAGGCCCUGGCCCUCAGGAGCUACCCUCUGACCAAAGCCUCCUGGGCGAGGAUGGUUUGCCAAAGUCACUUUCCUGACCUUCAAUGUAUUCAAUAAUAUACAUGUACUAUUAUCAUUAAUUGUUUUAUUAAAGCUAAAUU